UCUGAGCUCUCCCUGGAGUCUUCUCUUCUCCAGGUGAGCAUUCCCAGCUCUCCCAGCCUGGCUCCAGAGCAGAGGGGCUCCAGCCCUUGGAGCACUUCCCUGGCUUUCUGGCCUUACUACUCUCUGAGUAAAUAAUUUCUUCUUCACCUCAAAUCCAAAGCUGCAAUUUUAAUUGCUCAGUAGCCGUUUGUCCACAGAGUCACAGUUGUCCUGUUGCUCUUUACUCUGUAAAGUCAAAACAAAAGGUUUCAAAGGCACCACAAGAUCUGCACACUGAGCAGUCCCCUUGGAACAGGAUCUUAAACAAGCUGAAUCUUGGCUACCUUUUUGUCUGCUGACACGAGGUGGUGUUUGGAGAUUUCAGUGAUGGCCUUUUGCACUCAGUAAGAGCUUGCUGAAUUCUGGAGCUCACGUAGUUCUUUCCAGCAGGUGGAGCAUCAGCUCAUUCACUGACUGCAGGCACAGGAGGGAAAAAAGAAAUGUCCAGCUCAGCUUAUAACGACAGCAGCUCUGUGCCUGGCUGCCCUGGGAGGCCAAGGGAGGAGUAUCUCUCUCCUGAGAGACCUUUGUAGCCAUGAAUUGCACAUAUCCACACUCUUAGUCUCUCAUACAAGCUUUUGUUUUCAUCUUGUCAAGCAUAAAGAGCAAAGAAGUAGAAGGAGUAUACAGGGAAGGCCAAAGCCUUUUCAUCUCCGCUGCUGGGAUUUGAGUGACUGUUAGAUUUAGAAAAAAAUAGGGAAUUCUGUGUCCUGUGAACAUGAGAAUUUUCCCAGAAAUCUUCAACUGGUGUGUUUUUGGAAAUAUGAAAAUGAAGAAUUUUAAACAGGAGGAUUCUCACUAAGAAACACUUUACUGAAAGGAAGCUUUUUUGUCAUCCUCCUCUUAGCAUCAGUAGGAACUGUUUUCCUUUAAAUGUCUGUCUCUGGCUCCCUGGGUAUUUAAUUUACUGAAGAGUCUUUGCAGGUAAAAGUUCACUGGGGAAAUGCUAGGAAGGAACAAAAAAAUCCAACUUGUCCAGAAGAGUCAGUGUAGCUACCUGAGCCACGUGUGAAGAAGAAUUUUGUCAGCACCUGCAGUGUGGGAGAGGGAUCCCUGCAGGGGCAUUAUUGGACAUCCCCAGGGUGUGAAGGCAGAGAUGGGGCAGUGCCCAGGGCUCCCUCCCUGUCCUGCCCUGCCCAGAGCCCCUCAGACCUGGGCUGGCUUCUUUAGGCUCAUCGUGAACCACAGCAACAUCUUUUGAUGGAUGAUCUGGUGUAAUCAAAGAGUCAGGGUUGCCCUACAUGAGCACCAUGUUAUCCAGAGGAUGCUUGAUGUGAGUUCAUGUCUGUAGCUUUUCUUCUUACAGCUUCAUAUCCCUUCAGAGUUAAUUGGUAAUUAUACCUCCACGCUCCUUUCAGGCCUUAUUUAUAACUACCCAGGUACAAGGAAUGCUGUUAGAGAGUCACUGCCAGUCUCUCCACUCUAAAAAUCACACUAUUUUAUCUCUUUAUUCUCUUAUCAGCAGCCCCUGUUAUCUACUGCCAAGGCCUAUCCAAAACACUUAUCAGAACUUAACUGCAAUGUCAUGAAUUAAAAAGGGUGCUGUGCCAAUGUAAGGCAAGUGGGAAUUAAUGGGCACUAAUAUAUUCUUUGUCAGGUUUAUCACCUGGAAGUAUCAGUGAAGUGGAUGAGAGUAGGGAUUUUUUGUUUCUCUCUUAAGGUAAUCUCUAAAACAUUAACCAGACAAACUGUUAUGAAAUGAAAACAUUUCAAAUGGCAAAGAAUAUUUUAGAACUCUUGCCCCUUGAAAACAGUCUUUUAUUCAUUGUUAACAAUUAUGGAACUGUUUUCUGAAGUACUUUGGAGUAGAAUAGUUAUUUGUCUGGAAUGUCUGUCUUGAGCUACAGAGCUUGUUCUUGACCUGCCCCCUCUGUAAUCCUUUCCAGGAUUACACUGGAGGAAAGCUGUAUCUCUAAUUUAUGGGCAGUAUUCUAUUAUCUAGUCUAGUUUGUUAUUUUUAAAGUUGUGACUCUUUAUCUGUUCCCUCCCCACUUUGUCAUCUAACUCCACUGAACAGGUGAGAGGAUAACUUCCCUCAUUAAGGUGUGAGGCAUUUUCCUAUUAAUUGAAUUACUGGAAUGAUCCUUUGCCACGUGAUUUAAAAGAAUUAGGAUCAUUUCUGGAAGCUACCAUGGGAGAUUAGAAAUAACAAGUAAUAGAGAUUUCUUGGUUUCUUUACAAAUGAUGAAUUUAUAUAGGAGUUUCCAGGCAACAAAUGUGCUUGAUGAUUAUUAGAGCACAGAUCAAAAGAAGUAAUCAGUUCUCCUCCAAGAUAUCUUUGACUUCCCUGAAAUUCAGCGAUGUGAAAUCACCAUCUGUCAACUCAAAAGCAACCUAGCACAUCCUGCAGGAGUCAGGGUGGAACUUGUGCCCAUCUUUUUAUUGGCAAGUAGAGUAUUUUGCAGAACAGAUCCAUAUUAUCUGUUUCCAAAGUCCAGAAAGAAACGAGAGCAAGUAACUUCUGCAGUAAAUCAGAAUGAGUAAACACACCAGUGUUGUGGGAACUCGAGUUACACUCUUAAUUUGUUCUGUCUGUUGUUUGUUGUGAAGUGAGAAUUUGACAGGAGUUAGAAACAGAGAUUUAUUUUCCAUGUGUGGGCUGAUGCCAGAUUUUGUGCUGAACUUUAUUCUUCUUGUCUCUGGAGCUGGAAGGUUUAUUUUGUGUUUGAAGGUUUCUUUAGCUGCAGUGAGAGAUUCAUGCUCAUGGCAUGGUAUGGUGUGCACCUUGAAGUGGGCAGCUGGAAGUUGCUGAGUGCUCUUCUGUGACAGGUCAACUCUUCUUAUAAUCUCUUUGUAUUAACUUUCAUUUUAAUAAUUUUUUAGGAAGCAAGAUUAAAAUAUGCUGGUUACUGUUAAAAUCAUGUCUGACAAUACUCAUUCCAAACGUCCAAUCCUUUAACUGCAGUUACUUCAGAAUUCCUCAGACUGGGCAAUUUUAUAUGGUUGUAAAGUCAAAUUUGGAGAAAAGUUUUAGAGAGAGAUUAUCAUGCCUUCAGUAAUAUAGUUGGAAAACACUGAUAAGCUUUGACAUACAGUUGUUUCAUCAGAUCCUGCAAAGUGAUAGAGACCUUUCUGCUAAAGUCAUGCUUGAAGAGUUCAGCUUGAGCAGUUCAGCUCUUUGUGAUUUGUGAUGGCUGUAGGUAAGGCAUGCACAUGCCAAAGCAUGAAACAUAAAGUUCUGAAAUAUAUUAAUAAAGUUUCAUUUCAAAAGUCUGAAAUCAGAUUUAGCUUGAUCUCCUGGAGGCAUUGCAAACAGGCUGAGCUUUGACAAACAAAGCGCAUGUGAAAAGUGCUUUUAUGGAAAUGAUUUGCUGAACUUCACCUCCUUGGGCUCAUAUUCUGCAAUUCCAUUAGCAGUAUAUCUUUGCUGGCAAAACAUUACCGUGUUUUUGCUUUUAGUUGGAAAGUUACACAAUUAAAACCAGAGACUUUAAAAGUGGAUUUAUUCCGGAUCUCCCAGAGCAGAGUUAUUAAUAUGUAAUAGUUAAAACACUAAAAGUUUUUAAGUAGAAAUUAGGUAAUAUUCAUUCAUUGUGUUUGCACACUUCCUAUGUGUAUAAUUUCACACUUUAUGUGGAAAAUACACUUUUAAAAAAAAGUUCUCCAUAAUAUCUGGAUGAUGUGCUUCAUGGUAUCAUGGCUGUUGAUCUCAAAGAAAGCAGCGUGGAGCGGUUCCUUUGGAAACACAGGAACUGGCUCUUCAUGCUGCUUCAGUGGAAGGUGACCGUGCAUGACAAACACACAAUUCCAUGCUGCAAGAAACUCCUGACACCUUCAAUCCCUGCACUCCUCUGUUGGCCACAAUUUGCAGAGCAGUCCACUGCCCAGCUCAUCGCUGUCCACACAUUUCUGUAAUGUGGCUGUGGAAAAGUUUUCCUGCUACUGGGAUCAAAACAUGGGAAAAAUUACCGGAAUUUGGCAAAUUCUGGUUAUUUGAAAAAUUACCAGAAUGAAGAAUUUGGCUUGAUUGCAUUUUUUUGCCACUAGUCUCACUCAGUUGGUGCUGUUCAGGUGUAAGAGGGGAUUGUGUUUCUGUCUUCUCAUGUGGUUCUCGGGGCUUUGUUCAGCAUUUGGUAGCACUUGAUGUGUGAUCUGUGGCCCUGAAAUCAGGCAGCAUUCCCAAAGGUCACUGGUGCCAGGUGUAGGCUCAGACAAAAGGAAGUUAAAACAUCACACAAGGCCAUAAAUGUGGCAGAUAACACAGAGAAGGGAUCUAACCCAUGGUUCUGUCACCUGGGUGAGGAGCAUUUUCUGAACUGCAGUGACAGGAAAGUUGUGGGAAGUGAGUCUCAGCUAGUUUUGAGUUUUGUAUCCCAUCAAAAUUUUGAAAAACUCCUUUUAAUGCUUUGAAUACAAGGAAGUGGAAUCUCAAGUGUAGCCCAAAUAUGGGCAUUAGGAAUGAAAAAUUAUGGUAAAAACUCAUCAGUAAACUAAUCUUUGGAACAAAUUUUUCUGUAUUGUGGAUGUUAUCUGACAUCAGGCAGCAGAGCAUGAAAAAUAAAUCUGCUGCUUCGCAUCUCUUUGACAGUGAUUAGAAUUUUGCAUAGGGAGAAGGAAAAAUAGAAAUCUGUGGACGGAUAAAUAACUGAGGUGCUUUUGUGGUUUUGCUGUCCUCACUUUCAAAGAGUGGGGCUGUGCAAAAGCUUGAUGGCUCUAAGGUGGCUGCUUUUUUUCAGGAGGAGCAGAGCUGCGUCUCACAGCUUCACUGUGGAUGGCUGUGCUGCAGGGACAGCCAGGGACAGGAGCUGCCCUGAUGAGGUGUCUGUGAGGAAGGAAAGGUCAGGAAACAGCCUGGCAAGGUGGUCACAUGUGCAGGUGGCAGUUGCUGACAAAGGAUGUGAAGAGACCAAGUAGCAGGACUUGUCCUGAUGGUGGAGAAAUAAAAGGUACAACACAACUAAGGUCAAAGUGACCAGGAAUAGGUAGGAGUUUAGUCCUUGGGAAGAGGAGGAAGUCUCAGGUGCACUCUAGGGUCAUGUGAAAAUUACAGGAAAGCUGAAUUUUUACAGCUCAAGAAUUAUAUGUAAUGCUACUAGGAAGAAUUAAAGGCAUUUGUAGCAGUUUGGAGGGAAAAAAGCCCCAAAGAACAAAAAGCUAACUCUUGCAUAAGUGAGUGAGUAGUAAGAGCAAGGUCAGUGGGACAGAGGGAACCACUGAUGGAUGGCAUGAGGAAUACUUUAAAUACCUUUCUCCUUCAUCUGUAAACUUAGAACUAAAGCUACAGUGAGUUAGAGACUUCAGGAAAUAGAGUUUCCAGUUGUCUGGAAAUAAUGGCAUGUCGUCAUGUGCUUCAUCCAUCGUGUAGCAGACUAAGCAGAGGAUGGAUUGGAGCAAUGUGGUCACUUCAAGAGUAUGAAAACUACAAGAGAGAAAAAAGCCAGCCAAUGUUAAUAGGUGAGAAAGUUAUAACUGAGGAAGUGUAAAUCAGUCAGAGUAACUGUUAGAAUGAUCCUAGGGGAAAAAACCCCAAAGCAGCCAUUUCUGUGCAUGUUGAACUUUUCAGGAGAGAGAUGCAGAGUCACUGGGGUUUGUGGAGAGCAGGUUAUACCAAAGGGGUUAGUUAAACAACAGCCUUCAAUAAAUUUUUGGUUGAGACGAACUUUAGAGGAGUGCUAGCAACAGAAAGUAUUAGUAUGGAAUAAAAAUAAAAUUAACUUUAUUAAAAAUUAAUUUAAUAAAAAUAAAAUUAAUUUUAUUUAUGUAAACAAAAUUACAGUAUGGGAUACUGGUGACACAACUGUGUAAUUGGGUAAGAAAUAAAGAAAUAUGAAAGUUUCUUUAUUUUGGCCGGAGCAGCUCUGUACCCAAAUACAGAUGUGUGGGUCUCACAGCGCAAAAAUGGGUCUGGUCACAGGGUAAACUGGAUUAUUGUGUUGAAAAGAGAACAAUCACUGAGGGAUGGAGGCAGCCCUGUUCCUGAGGGACAUGUGGGGUAAGCUCUCUGAGCUUUCCAGCUGGAGGUACUGUGCUUCAGGAGGAACCACUUGGAAGAAGCAGAGGAAUGCAGCAGGAAUGGGUAGAAAUCCUGGAGAAAGGCCUUGCAAAGAAGGAAGGAAUCAGAGCUCCUGAGUGAAAGGAAGAUUGGAAUUAUAAAUGCUGAGAUACCUAAAUUGCUGCUGGAGGGAAGGAAAUUAUACUUCCUAUGUGCCUGUGAUGGAUCAAAGAAAUUAUGGACUAAAAUUUCAACAAGGAGGAUUGAGAGGGGACAUUAGGAAAAUCCUGCUGUUAUGAAAAGCUAUCUUGAGAAGUGAGAGCACUUGGUAAUGUGCAGGCUCUAUUGCUGGAUGCCUUCCUUGCUGGGUUGGGAUAAUGUCACGUCGUGUAUCAGGAAUAGUUCCUUAGACCAGGUGAGCAGGCUGCACCACCUCUCAAAUCCCCAUUUUUAGUCUUCAGGUAUUAAUAAUUACAGAUUUUAAAUUUAUGAGACACAUUCCCCAUCAGAGUUGGUCCAAGAUAGGAAGGGAACAGAAGAGCUCUGCCAGCGCAGUUAGUUGGAAACUGCACUUCAUUUUGCUCCCAAGCUUUUUAUUGGGCUGUGACUCAUUUAUUGGGGUUCUUUUUUGCCUUUCUAUGUACCCUGACUGGUAAAUACAGUCCCCUUCAAUAGAUGCCCUAUGUGAGUACUUGCCUUCAUAAACUGGAGUGGAUUAUAGGAAGUUUAUGUUAUUUGUAGGAAAAAUACAAGGAGCCCAGUUUUGACGAAUCAUUUUAACUAAUGGAAAUUUCCAUUAUGUAUAGUUAGUUUUAAAGGAAUGCAAUAAACCACAACAAUAGUCCCACUUACAACUAACUGUUCUUGCAAAAUUGACUCUCAAGCCUAGUUCCUGGGUGCAUUUGAAAUCAUUUCCUGAAUAGAAACAAAACCGAACAGAUUUGAUUUCCAUUUAUCUGUUGUUUCUGAGAUGAGGUUGAACCCGACCGGUAUUCAGAGACUAUUGCAGAGAAACAGAGAAUAAAUGUCUUCAGGAGGAAACCAGCUAUUUUCAGGAGUCCUUCAGUGGAGCAGUUCUUGAGCCAAGAAUAGCAGCAGUGAAUUGUGCCUCGGUGGUGAAGUGGCAGCGACCCUGAGAGUGUGGCCAAAGCUUUAAAGAGCCAUGGUGGUGAGAUCCAGGACACAGGGGCAACGCCGCUCGGAUGAGCCCCUGGCAGGAGCUGAAACAGCGCAGCUGAAACGUGCCCCAUUUACCACAUCAUUAAUAUGUAUUUGGGGCAGGUAGGAGGGGAAAUAAUCGUAAAGGAGCGUAUUGGGCAUGCUGGAAAUUUGCGGGAAUUAGCCUUCGAGAUUUGCGUGUGGGCACCGAUAAAAGCCCUCUACGUGCAGUCUUGGCAUUUAUGAUGAUCUUUAGGCCCUAAAAAUGUAAAGCUGACCCCAUUCUGAGUGCUCCUGUGCCGUGGAGGGAGCCGAGGCUCCCAGCCCAGGGUGUUCCAAGAUGGUCGGUCCCGCUGUGCGAGCGCAGGCAGCGCCCGCUCCUGCCGCAUUGUUCGGGCAGCUCUUCCCUGCCUCUAUAAACAACUGCGCUGCUGAUUAAUGCGCUCGCAUUUGCCACUUAGAGCUGGUUUAGAUAGAGGCAGGGAAGUCAUUAAGGGCUUGGCAGCAGUCCAGGGUACAUCUGGGACUUGGGAGCUGCCGCUGGGGCAGGGAGGAGGGUGGCAGGCGGGAGCUGGGGCAGGGGAGAGGACGCUUGGCACAGGAAGGAGCCGGGGCAGGGAGGAGAGCGAUGAGGCAGGAGCUGGUGCUGGAGCAGGGAGGCGGAUGAUGGGCAGGAGAUGGGGCUGGGAGAGAGGAGGACACUGGACGGGAGGCACAGAUGGGGCUGGGAAGAGGAGGAGGACACUGGGCGGGAGGCGAGAGAUGGGGCUGGGAAAGGGAGGAAGGCACUGGGCAGGAGGAGGCAGGAGGAUGCCGGGCAGGAGUGAGGAAGAGGGCACUGGGCAGGAGCUGGGGCAGGAGGAAGGAGGAGGACUCCAGGCAGGGGCAGGCGUUAGGCAGCGCCCGCGUCCUCUCUUGGCUGACUUUCAAAAGCGGCAGAAAAGCAGCUACGGGCGCUAAUUGUAGCCGGGUCCCGAAGUGAAAAUGUUUUGUGACAGUUGAAAGAAUUUAAAGAGGAAGGAAGAUCGGUUUAGUGUCAGCUGCAAUUAGAUAAUCAAAGCUUAAAAAUCCUGCUCUGUUGAUACCUUCACCUAGAGCCGGGGAGCGGAGCCCGGGGAAGGGGGAGGAGGGCUGUGCGUGGAAAGGGCAUUUCCAUAGCCAGUGCAGCCGAGGCCCGGCCGAGCUCGCAGGUUGUCUGGGCGCGCGCUCGCACAGAGAGAUUUUCUUGGCAGCUCUACAGGAUGAGGCUUACACUGUACACAGCCGACAUAUUGAAGCCGGGAGCCCUGGAGAACGUAGAGGCAGGAGUAGAAACAGCUCUGCACACAAUGUAGCGUCUCCUAGGAUGGUUGGGCGGCUCCUUUCUUCAGAUCUCAGCCACAGUGGAUUGGGAGACCAUUAUGAGAAUUCCCACUGGGGACAGCAGCCCGCUUUCAGGAGUGAAGGCAACUGCAGCUGGGAUAAAGUGAUAAUAGACAGGACUGACAAGGAAGCGUGGCCUUCCAUUACCGGAGCUGAGACUGAGUCUGCCUCAGAAUGUACUACAGACACUGACUCUGCCUCCAACUGUGGCUCAGAGAACAGUAGCAUGGCUACAGGGAGUGCCCAAGGCAACUUCACUGGACAUACAAAGAAAACUAAUGGCAAUAAUGGCGCCAACGGAGCACUCGUCCAAAGCACUUCUAACCAGAGUGCCCUUGGAGCUGGUGGAGCCAACGGCAACGGCAGCUCGGCCAGGGUGUGGGGGGUGGCUGCGGGCUCCGGCUCUGGCCUAGCUCACUGCUCUGCCAGUGGUGGGGAUGGAAAGAUGGACAACAUGAUGGGAGACGGUAGAAGUCAGAACUGCUGGGGUGCUUCCAACUCGAAUGCUGGCAUUAAUCUUAACCUUAACCCUAAUGCCAAUCCAGCUGCCUGGCCUGUACUUGGACAUGAAGGAACUGUGGGAGCAGGCAACCCUUCCAGUAUUUGCAGUCCAGUCAGUGCCAUAGGUCAGAACAUGGGCAACCAGAAUGGGAACCCAACAGGCACCUUAGGUGCUUGGGGAAACUUGCUGCCGCAAGAGAGCACAGAACCACAAACGUCCACUUCUCAGAAUGUGUCUUUCAGCGUACAACCUCAGAACCUUAACACUGAUGGACCAAAUAACACUAACCCCAUGAACUCUUCACCAAACCCUAUCAAUGCAAUGCAGACAAACGGACUGCCGAACUGGGGGAUGGCCGUGGGCAUGGGGGCCAUCAUCCCGCCCCACCUGCAAGGCCUUCCUGGUGCUAACGGAACAGCGGUUUCUCAAGUCAGCGGGGGCAGUGGUGAAGGAAUGGGCAGUUCAGUAUGGGGGAUGUCCCCAGGUAAUCCUGCCGCAGGAAACAGCAAUUCUGGGUUCAGUCAGGGGAAUGGAGACACUGUGAACUCAGCAUUAAGUGCUAAACAAAACGGAUCCAGCAGUGCUGUGCAAAAGGAAGGAAACGGAGCGAACGCGUGGGACUCGGGGCCCCCCUCUGGCCCCGGGGUCCUGGCGUGGGGCAGGGGCGGUGGCGGGGUUGGCAGUGUGCAUUCUGGAGCCUGGGGCCACCCCAACCGCGGCGCCAGCAACGGCGUCAACGGGGAGUGGGGCAAGCCCCCAAACCAGCAUUCCAAUAGCGACAUCAAUGGGAAAGGAUCAACAGGGUGGGAUAGCUCGAGUGUUACCAGUCCGAAUCCUGCCAUGCAGCAGGGCAAUGAACAAAUGAACUCUUGGGCCAAAGCUGCAGCAUCUGGCACCACGGCUAGUGAAGGAAGCAAUGACAGCGGUGGGAGUCAAAAUGAAGGCAGUACUGGGAGGGAGGGGGCUGGAGAGGGCAGGAGGAGAGACAAAGGGAUGAUAGACCAAGGGCAAGUUCAGUUGCCAAGAAAUGACCUUGACCCCAGGGUCCUGUCCAAUACGGGGUGGGGACAGACCCCUGUGAAGCAAAACACUGCCUGGGAAUUUGAAGAGUCCCCGAGGUCUGAACGGAAGAAUGACAAUGGAACUGAGGCCUGGGGUUGUGCAGCUACUCAAUCUUCAAACUCAGGGGGGAAGAACGAUGGGUCCAUCAUGAACAGUACAAAUACCUCUUCAGUAUCUGGGUGGGUCAACUCUCCACCGGCAGCUGUUCCAACAAAUACAGGUUGGGGAGACAAUAACAACAAAGCACCAAAUGGCCCGGGGGGGUGGGGAGAGUCAGCAAGCUCUACUACUGUUAAUAAUGCUGCUGCUGCCAAAAGCGGCCACACUUGGAGUGGGACCGCAAAUCAGGAGGACAAAUCACCUACCUGGGGUGAACCUCAGAAACCCAAAUCUCAAAACUGGGGAGAUGGACAGAAAUCAAAUCCAAGCUGGACUUCAGGAGGUGGAGACUGGACAGAUUCAUCAUCUGUUCCUGGACACUUGGGUGAUGGGAAGAAGAAUGGAUCUGGAUGGGAUUCUGACAAUAGAUCAGGGUCUGGCUGGAAUGAUUCCACAAAGUCUGGGACCAGUGGGUGGGGGAAUGGCACAAACAGCAAGGCUAAUACAGGUACAAGUUGGGGGGAAUCUUUAAAGCCAGGCCCCCAACAAAAUUGGGCUAAUAAACCCCAGGACAACAAUGUGAGUAACUGGGGAGGAGCUGCUUCUGUGAAACAGACGGGGUCAGGGUGGGUUGGUGGGCCAGUGCCAGCCAAACAAAAAGAGAACUGUGAGGCAACUGGCUGGGAAGAGCCAUCUCCACCGUCCAUUCGCCGCAAGAUGGAAAUCGAUGAUGGUACCUCAGCUUGGGGCGACCCAAAUUACAACAACAACAAGACUGUAAACAUGUGGGAUAGAAAUAAUCCUAUAAUUCAGAGCAGUACCACAACCAACACCACCACCACUAGCACCAUUAUCAACACCAACAUGGUUGAACCUCAGCCAUCGCACCAGUCAAGUGCCCAGCCGAACCGGUCCCCGCUGCUUGGCCCAGCAGGCUGGGGAGAGAUGCCUGCUGUCCACACCAAGAGCGAAGCUUCCUGGGGAGAGCCCUCCUCCCCUUCUGCUGCAGUUGAUAAUGGCACUUCGGCCUGGGGGAAGCCCCCCAGCAGUGGGACCGGGUGGGGAGAGAAUCCUGCCGAGCCAGCAGGGACCUAUGGAAGAACAAACGCUCCAGCUGCUGCCCCAGCACUGUGCAAACCAGCUUCAAAAUCUAUGCAAGAAGGCUGGGGCAGUGGUGGGGAUGAUGUGAAUCUCAGUACUAGUCAGUGGGAAGAUGAAGAAGGAGAUAUGUGGAAUAAUACUGCUUCACAAGAGAGCAGCUCCUCCUGUAAUUCCUGGGGGAAUGCCCCGAAGAAAGGACUUCAAAAGCCCAAAACAAAUCCGCGCUUGUCCCUUGGUACUUUCUGGAGAACUGAAAGGAAGAGACUUCUUAAGGAUAUUGUGAUAGACAAGCUGCACAAAGAUCUUUUAAAGGGCAUGAAGACACCUAGCAAGCAGGAUGAGGCCUGGAUCAUGAACCGUCUGAUAAAACAGCUCACAGACAUGGGCUUCCCUAGAGAGCCAGCGGAAGAGGCCUUGAAGAGCAACAGUAUGAAUCUUGAUCAGGCCAUGAGUAAGUAUCUGUGUGCUCUGCUGGAAAAGAAGGUGGAAAUGGACAAGCGUGGAAUGGGAGUGACCGACUAUAAUGGAAUGGUCACCAAACCCCUUGGCUGCCGCCCACCACCAAUCUCCAAAGAGUCUUCCAUGGACCGCCCCACCUUCCUUGACAAGCUCACCCUUUCUUUCUCCAAUCAGGAUGGCGGCCUAGUGGAAGAGCCCACUACUUCACCAUUUUUGCCUUCACCAAGCCUGAAGCUCCCCCUUUCAAACAGUGCACUCCCUAAUCAGACCCUGGGCGGGAUUGCCUCAGGGCUGGGCAUGCAAAACUUGAAUUCUUCUAGACAGAUACCGAGUGGCAAUCUGGGUAUGUUUGGCAAUAGCGGAGCAGCACAAGCCAGGACCAUGCAACAGCCGCAGCAACCGCCAGUGCAACCUCUUAAUUCAUCCCAGCCUAGUCUUCGUGCUCAAGUGCCUCAGUUUCUAUCCCCUCAGGUUCAAGCACAGCUUUUGCAGUUUGCAGCAAAAAACAUUGGUCUCAGCCCUGCACAGUUAACCUCGCCAAUUAAUAAUCCUCAGCAUAUGACGAUGUUGAACCAGCUCUAUCAGCUGCAGCUGGCGUACCAACGUUUACAAAUCCAGCAGCAGAUGUUACAGGCUCAGCGUAACGUUUCCGGACCCAUGAGACAACAGGAGCAGCAAGUUGCACGUACAAUCAAUAACAUGCAGCAGCAGAUCCAGCAGCACCAGCGCCAGCUGGCCCAGGCCCUGCUUAUGAAGCAGCAGCCUCCCCCUCCACAUCUAUCUUUGCACCCCUCUGCAGGCAAAUCAGCCAUGGAUAGCUUUUCACCCCAUCCCCAGGCUCCCGGCCUUCCUGACCUGCAGACCAAAGAGCAACAGUCUUCACCGAACACCUUUGCUCCUUACCCUCUUGCUGGACUGAACCCGAACAUGAAUGUAAAUAACAUGGACAUUACUGGUGGUUUGUCAGUGAAGGACACUUCUCAGUCCCAGUCUCGCCUUCCUCAGUGGACACACCCCAACUCAAUGGAUAAUCUGUCUAGUGCUGCUUCUUCUCUUGACCAGAACUCCAGCAAGCACGGUGCUAUCCCUGGAGGUUUGAGUAUUGGUCCUCCGGGAAAGUCCUCCCUCGAUGACUCCUACGGCCGCUAUGAUCUGAUGCAGAACAGUGAGUCUCCUGCCAGCCCACCUGUAGCUGUUCCUCACAGCUGGUCACGUGCCAAAUCCGAUAGUGAUAAGAUUUCCAAUGGCUCCAGCAUAAACUGGCCACCAGAGUUUCACCCAGGAGUGCCAUGGAAAGGACUGCAGAAUAUUGAUCCUGAAAACGACCCCGAUGUUACUCCUGGCAGUGUUCCAACUGGGCCUACCAUAAACACCACGAUACAGGAUGUGAAUCGCUAUCUGCUCAAGAGUGGAGGGUCAUCCCCAACAUCAUCUCAGAAUGCCACGCUGCCUUCAUCGAGUGCCUGGCCGCUUAGUGCCUCCGGCUACAGUAGCUCUUUCAGCAGCAUUGCAUCUGCACCUAGCAUUGCAGGUAAACUGUCAGACAUCAAGUCCACGUGGUCCUCUGGCCCAAUCUCUCACACCCAAGCCUCUCUGUCCCACGAACUCUGGAAGGUACCCAGAAACACUACAGCUCCAACCAGACCUCCUCCAGGCUUAACCAACACCAAGCCAUCCUCCACGUGGGGUGCCAGUCCCCUGGGCUGGACCAGCUCUUACUCCUCUGGUUCUGCAUGGAGUACUGACAGCUCAGGGAGAACAAGCAGCUGGCUGGUUCUGCGGAACCUCACCCCCCAGAUCGACGGCUCCACGCUGCGCACGCUGUGUCUGCAGCACGGCCCUCUCAUCACAUUCCACCUGAACCUGACCCAAGGCAAUGCUGUGGUCCGAUACAGCUCCAAGGAGGAAGCAGCCAAGGCCCAGAAGUCUCUGCACAUGUGCGUCCUGGGCAACACCACCAUCCUGGCGGAGUUUGCUGGUGAGGAGGAGGUGAACCGUUUCCUGGCGCAGGGGCAGGCGCUGCCGCCCACCUCCAGCUGGCAGUCCAACACUGGAUCCACGCCGAGCCGCCUGGGCUCCUCGGGCAGCUCCCACGGGCUGGUGCGCCCCGACGCCGGCCACUGGAACCCCCCGUGCCUGGGGGGCAAGGGCAGCAGCGACCUGCUCUGGGGGGGGGUGCCCCAGUACUCCAGCAGCCUUUGGGGACCCCCCAGCGCCGACGACGGCCGGGUCAUCGGGAGCCCCACGCCCCUCAACACCCUCCUGCCGGGGGAUCUGCUCAGCGGAGAGUCCAUCUAGGAGAAGCAACGGAAGGAACAAUCAUCAGCACUAAAGGAUAACAGAGAAUUUAAAAAAAAAAAAAAAUUAAUAAAAUUUAAAAAAAAAAAAUAAAAAUGGUAACCCUUUCCAGUCCCGGGCUUGAUGAAGAAUCCAGCUUUAACCCAUGAGACUGGCAGCCCUCCUUAGUACCUCUGUCCAAUAUUGAAUCUGAAACUGCAGAAGUCCUUGUGAACUGUUCCUGAAACAGUAUGGGCUCCUUUGGUCAGUGUCACAUGCUAAUGACAGGUUUUACUUUUUUCAUGGCUUUUUGUUUGUUUGUUUGUUUGUUUUAUGUCGUCUUUUUAUGUUUGUAUGGUGACUUUUCAAAACCAAGUAUAAAAGCUGCUUAGAAUAGGUCUAUCAUGAAGGGCACUUUUCAGAAUUUGGGCUGGAAAGGGUUAUUUUAUCAACUGGGGGGGGUGGGAAGGGGAAAUGAAAGCCUAUUUAAAUGAGCCUGUGACUAUUAUGCACAUUACAGAGGCGGACCCAAUAAUCAGAAAGGGUGAAGUGUGAUAUUUUACCAUUGGUACAGAAAAGUGAUGAUUCCGAGUGGCAACUCUGGACUGUACAGGUUGAGAGGGGGGGAGGGAGGGCAGGGUUGGGGUAUCUCUGUGUCCACUACUCCCAUGGAUCUGCCUAUGCACAUUACCCUUGUUUCAUUACUUUUUCAUGUCAUUUUUUUAAACCCAAAAAAAUAUAAAAAGUAAAAAAAAAAAAAAAAAAAGAAUAAAAAAAAUCAACAAAGAAAAAAAUACUUAAAAAAAAAAGCAACAAACCAUAUCAACAUGCAAAUACUUGAAUCCAGCAGGCCAAUAACAAAAUGUGAACACUUUCUAAGUUGAAUUAUUACACUUCCAGGUCAGCAUCAGUACACAAAAAAACAGGCUCUAAGAAUUUUGUUUUUUAAACGUUCAGACUCUAUGUUUUUGUUGGGACAGAUGUGAGUGUGUGUGCGUGGCUGCCUGCGUGUGUGUGUGUGCCCACGUGUGGUUUAACUCAACGUGUGAAGUUUUUUUUCCUUUGGUUCAGUAUAUGCUUUUUAUUUGCUCAUUGGUCAAAUGUUUAAUUGUUAUUAGCUUCUAACUUUGCACUGAGUGUCCGCAGCCCUUCUUGUAGCUAAUCCUGUAAUGGUAAAAACACACAAAAAAACAAAAAAAAAAAAAGAAAAAAAAAAGGAAAAAAAAAGAAAGAAACUGAUAGAAGGGGCCGGCGACAAUUCACGUGUAAAUGUUUACUCAAGGACUCUUAUUGCAUUUUAAAAAUUACAGUGUGUAUCUCUGGAGAAUAAUAUGUAUAUCUACCUUUAGCGGCUUUUUAUUGUGGACUAAUGCAAGAAAACGAUUACCGGAGUAUUGCACCAUUUUUCCAUUCGGAAUAUAAAGUUUAAAAAAAAAAAAAUACUCUUGUUGAACUGUGGCCAUAGAUAAUUGUAAAGAGUUGAUAGUUCCCUUGCAAGCAGGAACAGAAACAAGCACUUGGACAUAAGUUUUGACUGCUUUUGGAGGAGCCAGGAGUUUAGGCUCCCACCUGUUUACAGACCUUUUUUUCUCCUUCAAACUUUAAAAUAAAAAAAAAAAAAAGGAAUUACAAAAAAAAAAAAAAAAAGAGAAAAAAACAAAACAAAAAAAAAGACUUCCAUCGUAAAGAAAACUAUUUUCAGAAUGAAGAUAUGCUACUUCAGAGCUCUGGGAUUGAACAGUGUUGUUGUAUUAUCCUUUUCUUUGGCCAUUGCUGUGUACUAUUUUUGUUGUUGUUUUCCUCUUCGUCAAAGUGGCGAAAACUUUGUGAUCACUAUCUUGCACAUGGUGGAAGAUGUCUCAGGAAAGCCGGGUUUCCCGAGGAGCAACUCCACACCAUUUCAUGUAUUUUUAAAACCCAACUCCUAGCACUGAAGAUAUUAUUAAAAAACAAAAUAAAAUAAAAAAAAAAAAAGACAGUAAGAAAGAAGAAAAAUACCUAAUCUAAUGUGUAGCAGUUACAUAUUUACCAAAUAAUGGACUCAAAAGAAAUAGAUGUUUGAAGAGUGCUUUAUAUAUUAAAAAAUCGCUUUAUGUUUAAAAAAGAUCAAUGUUUUUGAUUGUUUUGAAAGGAAGAAAGACAAUGGAAUAACAUACACUUCAAGUAUGUUUUAAAAAUUAUAUGAACAUUGUGCUCCCUGCCUGCUUGGAUCAGGAAACUUGUGCAUUACAUUUUUUUUUUUUUUGGAAGAUUAGCUUUUUAAUGGUUUUAUCAGAUUUAAAGGGUCCUGCAAGAUUGCAAAUUAACAAAAGCUGGUUUUAUAGAGGAUCAUGAACUAUGCACAACUGGGUUCAAGACUUGUUUUUGGUUUUUUUUUUUCCUCAAGUUUUAGUAGUGUAUUUAGCUGAAUAACCUUUCCUCAGAGUAAUUGCAUCUCAUUGCCAUUACACGCCUCCUACAUAUAUAUUUUAUAUAUACAUAUAUAUACACACACACACUUAUAUAAAAUAUGUAUGUGUGUAUGUGCGUGUUUACAUACAAUUUUCCAUGCUGAAGUUUAGCAUUGAGUUGUAGAAAAACUCCUGAUAUUUUCAAAUUGGGAAUGAAAAUUUCUGUUGGAGGGGUUGGGGGGUGGGGGAACGGGUGGGUUUUGUUUUUAGGGGCUUUUUUUUUUUUUUUUUUUGCCUUUCCUUUUGAAUUAAAAGAUGUCUGUAACUCUGAGAUUAAAAAGAAAACCAACAAUUGUGGCUUUUAAUGUUUAUUCUCCUCAUAGAAUGUGAUUGUUAAAAGAACAUGCACCGAAAGUUGCUUUCAAGAGUACGAAGAUUCUUUGAAACUUAAUAAAUUGCAGUUUUUUCUUG